AUCUUCAACAUUAUGGAUAUAUGUUGAGGAUUGACUAUCAGCGAGUGUUUUAUGUCUAGAUAUCUGACAUUAAUUGAGGAGUGACUGUUCAUCAGUGUGUGAGAAACGGGACUAAUAGCUAGCUGUGUGACAUUCGACGGUAACGUUAGCUUGCUAACAACCGUGGCCCUGUGUGCCAUGUGCUAUUUCCAAAUGGGUUAGCUUAACUCAUAACGUUAGCUACAGCCAUAUCACUAGUGUGUAGCUAAAGCAUUACAAACAUGUUAUCCAGUACUGUAAUUGUCAGAUGACAAGUGACUGGUGAAAUAAUUGACUGUAACGUUAUUCAGAUAUUAUUAACUUACUAAACAGCCCACAACGUACAAGCAUUGCCAGUUUUAUUAACGCCAACAAAGAUGCAGAUCUUUGUGAAAACGUUGACGGGUAAAACCAUCACCCUUGAGGUGGAACCCAGUGACACCAUCGAGAAUGUUAAGGCCAAGAUUCAAGACAAAGAAGGUAUUCCUCCUGACCAACAGCGACUCAUCUUCGCUGGCAAACAGUUGGAGGAUGGCCGCACAUUGUCAGACUACAACAUUCAGAAAGAGUCCACUCUUCAUCUCGUCCUUCGUCUGAGAGGGGGUAUUAUCGAACCUUCCCUGAGACAGCUGGCACAGAAAUACAACUGUGACAAAAUGAUCUGCCGCAAAUGCUAUGCACGUCUUCACCCCCGUGCAGUCAACUGCCGCAAAAAGAAGUGUGGGCACACCAGCAAUCUGCGCCCCAAGAAGAAGCUGAAGUAAACUUGCAUCCUUUCAAUCUUUUGUCAAGGUUUUCAAUAAAAUAAAAUGGAAAAAGGGAAGGCUCA